CCGGCCUCGACAGCCUGCAGUUCACAGUUUUUCUUUCAUUGAUUCAUCAUGUCUUGGCAAGCUUACGUCGAUUCCAACCUUAUUGGCAGCGGCCAAAUCACCCAAGCCGGUAUCUAUGGUGUUCAGGGUGGUCAAUGGGCUGCUUCCCCCAACUUCAACGUCUCUGCCGCUGAACUUCAAACUAUCAACCAAGGUUUCAGCGAUCCCGCUGUCCUUCAGGCCAACGGUCUCCGCGUCAACGGUGUGAAGUAUUUGUUCUUGCGCUCGGAUGACCGCUCUAUCUAUGGAAAGAAGGGCAAUGAUGGUGUUGUUAUUGUCAAGACUACACAAGCCGUCCUUAUUGGACUUUACGACGACAAGGUCACUCCCGGAAAUGCUACCAAGGUCGUUGAAGGCCUUGCUGACUACUUGAUCUCUGUCAACUACUAAUCAAAUCAUGAUUCCUAUAUAAACCAGUUUGUUCGCAACGUUGACAUGUU